UUAUUUGAACAUUGUUGUUGUGGUAUUUAUUAAUUUAUAUUACUAGUAUUAAACUUUACAGCUUUUUUCAUAUUAAAAAAUUCCCAUUUUUCAAUUCAAGAAGCUUUGGAAAAAUCAACCAGCCAACAGAAUUUUUUUCAACUUCUGAAAUUUUUAAGUUGUGGAAGGAGCUUAAAGUAUAUCUUGACACUUGCUGAAGUGUGUGACAUGUCAUGAUCUUUGUACUCUGAAGAAUAUCCAGUGUUUGAUUUUGAUUUUGGUUUGACUGUAUUAAGAGGGAAUAGUUUGAUAUUUGCAUGGAGGGGAGAGAAGGAAACAACACUGGAGUAACAGUGAUAGGAGCAGAAGCUCCAUCAACUUAUCAUAUGGCACCAAGGAGUGAAGCUCCAACUCAACAUGUAACUGCUCCUGAAUCAGGAAAUGUGGCUCUUACUGUUUCGCCUGUGAGUCUGGGAAUGGAUGGAGGAACACUUAAGAAGAAAAGAGGUAGACCAAGGAAAUAUGGGCCAGACGGGUCGGUUACUGCUGUGGCAUUGUCACCGUUGCCAAUCUCGUCUUCAGCUCCUUUUUCUAAUGAAUUUUCAUCCGGGAAGCAGGGGAAACCGAAGGGAAUGGAGUUCAAGCAGUCAAAAAAAGCCGGAGCUGAUCCUCUAGGUGACUCGGUCGGCACCAAUUUUAUGCCGCAUAUCAUUACUGUCAAUGCUGGUGAGGACAUUACAAUGAAGGUUAUAUCCUUUUCGCAACAAGGACCACGAGCUAUAUGCAUCCUGUCUGCUAGUGGCGUGAUUUCAAAUGUUACGCUUCGUCAGCCUGAUUCUUCUGGCGGAACUUUGACCUAUGAGGGUCGUUUCGAGAUACUUUCACUGUCCGGAUCAUUCAUGCCUACCGACAACCAAGGAACAAGAAGCCGGUCUGGUGGAAUGAGUGUUUCUUUGUCAAGCCCUGAUGGUCGUGUCGUAGGCGGUGGAGUUGCCGGUCUUCUUGUAGCUGCCACUCCUGUGCAGGUGGUUGUUGGAAGUUUUCUGCCAAGUAACCAACAAGACCAGAAAAUAAAGAAGCCAAAAUCUGACUAUGCAUCACCUACCAUUACCGAACCUAUUGCAGUGUAUUCAGCACCUCCGUCAACCAAUGGUGAAAGGAUUGAUGUAAUGAGUGGACAUCUACUUCAAAAUCCGGGAACAUUAAACACAAAUCUUACUUCUCCCUCGGCCUUUCGCCGAGAAAACUGGGUUAACAUGCACACCAUGCCGGACUCAAUGAAGUCUGCAACUGAUAUUAACAUAUCUUUGCCAGAUAAUUAAAGACGAUAAUCAACCCGCAAUCGCGAAUCCUCCGGUGUUGCUGACUACAUUCAUGACUGAUGAGCUAUUUAUUUAAUGUUUCCAGUGUUGUCAUGUAGAUUGUUUCAAACCUGCUAUCUAUUGUCUAAUUACCUUAGGAUGAAGUAGUUGACUAAAUGUUGUAUGUUGCAGCUAUGUUUCUUAAUUUUUAUUUGUCUAGUAGAGUUCAUGAUUAAGUCCUCUAGUAAGGUAGGUAGAUGCUGUAAUGUGCAAGUAUUAUGAGUAGGCUAAUUUGGAUGUAAUGAAUAUCUGCUACAAUCUAAAUUUGUUGAAGCUUAAUUUGAUGUCACAAGCUUCAAUCUUUAAAUUUUACGAGCUUAAUUUUGAUA